AUGGACGUCGUUCAGAACGCGGAGGCUAUGUUGGUAGAAGUAGAGUCUCAGUCGCUCCAGCGCCUUCUGACUGCUGUGCGAUCCGAGACUUCUUCCCCGCGAACCACCGAGAUACCUGCUCUGGACGCGCAUCUGUCUGCUAUUUCUGCUCGCGCUCUCGGUCCGGGAGAUGUAAUCGAGAUUCAAGGGCCAGCGGCAAGCGGGAAAAGUCAUCUUCUCUAUUACCUGUUGAUGACCUGUGUUAUACCCACUGAGUACCGCUCGAUCAAACUAGGAGGUUGGGCCAAAGCUGCAGUACUAUUCGACACUGAUGGAACAUUCAGCAUCCGAAGAUUCCAUCAGUUACUAGUCUCUCGUCUGUCUAGUUUAUUAUCUCGUCCAGGACAAAUGUUGGAUAUGCUCUCUCAAUUGGCACCAACUCCCGCUGAAGAGCUAGCAUCACAGUGCUUGGCCAGUCUUCACAUUCUUCGUCCGACGUCUUCCCAACAACUGGCGGCCAGUCUUGUAAACCUUCAAGAGUAUCAUUCAACAAAUUCCGACCUUCAGUCUCUGGAAAUUGGCAUUCUUGCCAUUGACUCAAUGAGCGCGUUCUACUGGAAGGAUCGGUUUACCGUCGAGCGAUGGCGUAGUUGUGGAAAGACCAUCGGUACCUCUCCAAGCUCCACCGUCCCACUCCAACACAUCCUUGCAUCUCUUCAAGAUUAUCGGCUCUCCCAUGGUUCAGUUAUUGUGAUGACAAACUGGGGUCUUAAUCCUAAGACAAAGGCUUCAUCUCAUACAGAGCCUGCGUCUUUCUUCUACAAACAACAUCUCUACCCAUUUCCACGCCCCUUUGACGAUCCCCGCCCGCCUGCUGUGCAUCUGGCGUCCACGAAGACUCUCCAUGGCGAUGAUACGCUUGUCAAUCCGCCCCACAAUGCCGCUGAUGCUGAGACAGACGAACCACAAAAGGCUGACUCGUCAUUCUCGGUGACUCAUCAUAUCACUUUACACCCACUACCCGCCAAUCCUUUCCCCACCAACUGCACCCUCGGUGAAGCAAAACGAGAGGACACCAUGCGAUCCGCGGUGAUGGGGCAGGGCAAGAUUCGUGCGCUUGUGCGGACGCCUGGGCAAUCGAGUGUGGGGGAAUUCUUGUUCUGCAUUCAUGAACGUGAUAUCUCCGUCGAUGUUCGGCAUUCUCUGCCGUAG